GCUUGUUUUGGAGGAAGUGAACAGAACUCGGCUAGCAGCUAGCACGUUAGCUUGACAGGAAAAGCAAGCGUCAAACGGGAACAGGGCGAAAUAGACCAUUGUACUAAAUCGCUUCUGUUACACGAAGGGAGAUAUACAUCGACAGUGGCAGUGUUGAUUUUGAUAAGUAGGGUUAGCUGCGAGGCUAGCUAUCGGAGAGUAUUCAGCUGUCGACGCUGUAAACGUGUUGUUUUUUUACGGCAGACUUUAUAGGAGCUGUUAGCUAGGCUGCGCGUUAGCUAGCUAACGCUUCCAACCGAGGCAGAAGAAAAGUCCACUUUGAUAUUUUAUUUCUGCAGGAUCAUCGCCCAGCUGUGGCACAAUGACAUCAAGGAAGAAAGUACUACUCAAAGUCAUCAUCCUCGGAGACUCCGGAGUUGGGAAGACCUCGUUGAUGAACCAGUAUGUGAAUAAGAAGUUCAGUAACCAGUACAAAGCCACAAUAGGAGCGGAUUUCCUGACGAAAGAAGUCAUGGUGGAUGACAGACUUGUCACAAUGCAGAUUUGGGACACAGCAGGUCAGGAGAGGUUCCAGUCCUUAGGCGUAGCGUUCUACCGCGGAGCAGACUGCUGUGUCCUGGUGUUUGAUGUGACAGCACCCAACACCUUCAAGACUCUAGACAGCUGGAGAGACGAGUUCUUGAUCCAGGCCAGCCCUCGAGACCCGGAGAAUUUCCCCUUUGUUGUGCUGGGCAAUAAGAUCGACCUGGAGAACAGACAGGUAACGACCAAGCGAGCACAGGCUUGGUGUCAAAGUAAGAACAACAUCCCAUAUUUCGAAACCAGUGCCAAGGAGGCAAUCAAUGUGGAGCAGGCCUUCCAGACUAUUGCACGCAAUGCCCUUAAACAGGAGACCGAAGUGGAGUUGUACAACGAGUUCCCUGAGCCAAUAAAGCUGGACAGGAACGAGCGAGCCAAGCCGUCAGCGGAGACCUGCAGCUGCUGAGGAAUCUGAAGAUCUUCUGGGGGGGGAGGGAGGGAGGGCCCUCACUACCCUGUCUUGCCUUGUCUAUACAUCCCUUAUCCCAUGGCCCACUGUGUUAAUCCUUAAUGCCCAACAUACAAGCAGCAGCCAACUCAUUGAGUAUACUACUACACACAAACAUGCUGCACUCACCUCAUGUAUACAAAACACACAUUUUCUAUAAAUAUGAGUCUCCCAGCCCAAAGAACACCUUAGGGAAACAUUAUGGAAUCUACUUGUACGAUGCUUAUUACUUCAGUGUUUCCCUAUGUACUUUUUCAUGGCGGUGGUGGUUUGGGCUAACCUCAUUUUCGGUUCCAUAAAUAUAUCCAACUGCUUUUAUUUGGAUACUUCACGAUAAAUCAAAGCAUUAUCUCUACAUGUUUGUGUUGACAAGUAAAGUUGGAAAACUGAUUUUUUUUUUUUUGUUUUGUUUUUUUAAAUCAGUUUCUUUAGCAGUGGUAGUUUUCUUAAUUUCACGGCCCGCCACUGUGGCAUGAGUAGAGGAAACACUGCUCCCCCGAUUUUACUCAUUUGUGUUGUGGCUUAAAUUUGUUUGAAUCUCAAAAACACUUGUAACCAUGGUUUCACUUAACCUCAUGCAAUCUUAAAAAAAAAAAAAAAAAAAAACUGACGUAGUGAAGAUGAGACUGUGCAUGUGGGUCACAUUAUUAUGCUGCCUGCUGAUUUUCGUUAAUUGGCAAAUAAUUAUAAAAUCCAGUUCCAUGAAAAGUCCAUCAUACAAGUGUGUACAGAUUUUUUUUUUUUUUUUUGCACUUUGCUGUCAUCCACAAUUGCUGAAGACUUUCAGACAUCUCAUUUUGGAGCCACAAUAAAUGCAGUUGUAGCUCAGGUUGAGGACACUGUGUGAAUGCAGACUCAGCUCCUUGACGUAGGUGCGGUCCCUAAUGAAGGUUCAUUUUGUAAUCAAGUUAUUCGUGGUACAACAUUUGACGUGGGAAUGAACAAAAUGAAGACAGCAUGUCAUUCUACCUGAUGUCCUGAAGAGACUUUCUCAAGUAUAAAUAUUCAUAACUGAUGCUAUUAGUUAGUAUGUUUCUUUUUACUGUCAACUAUUGCAAGACUUUGUAUAUUUGCAAACCUCUCAAUCAUUGUGUAGGGAAGGCAAAAAGUUGUGUUGUAAAUCUCCAUAUCUGACUCUGCCCGUUGCUCGUGUUGGCAAACAAAAGUGCUUGACAUUUCUUUUAACUGAUCAGAUCUUUAACUGUCUGUUCCUAUUAUGUUAAAACGUUGAAAUGCAUUAUAGAUUACAAAAAAAGCAUACAUACUGUAACUUAAAAAAAAAAA